AUGGCGGCUUCUCUCACAUGGCAUGUUGUGGGAGCCCAUCAAACCAGCAACCACGUCGAUUCUCCAAUUGUGUUUGACAAUUCCAUGAUUGACCCGAGACAAACCAACGACUUCUUGGCGAGCCCCAUCCCAGCGUUGAAUGCGGUCGUCCAUACUGUAAAAUCUCUUCAGAUACAUGGUAUACUUACCAAGAAACUCGCCAUCCACGGGGCACUACUGUUUAGAGACUUGCCUAUCCACGGCGCCUUUAGCCAAUUCGCACACGCUUUCGGGUACAAACCGCAUCAGAUCAUCGGCAUUGUAGUCGAUAGACCGUUAUUAGCGCUGAAUGUGGCGCCUGCAAAUGAAAGUCCCAAGGAAGUUCUCAUCUACAACCAGAACGAGUCAUCCCAGGUCCCGCACGCUCCCGAAUACGUUUUCUUCUAUAGUCACAAGGCACUUUCGAAAGGGGGCGAGACCCCCAUUUCUUCAUCACUAGAGUUAUUCCAUAGGGCCAAGAAGGAGAUCCCGGAGUUCAUCCAGGAGCUGACCGACAAAGGUAUUCUGAGCAGGGUCACCUACAAAUUCGACAAGCAGUACACAGGUGGUUCAACUCUGCAACAAGCGUUUGGAAAGGAGUUUUUGGAGGGCGACAACGACGGCGUGAUGCUGACACAUAGGUUACCCGCUAUUCCAGGUCAGCCAGGCACGGGACUUCCGACACUCUUCACUGGGCUAGCUGCCUACUGGAAGAACUCUCAAGAGGGCAAUGGAGCCAGGAAGGAGGUCACCAAACAGCUCUACGGCGACGGCACGCCAAUUCCGGACAAGUAUCUCGAACAUUUGGCGAAGAUCACAGAUGCGAUCCGACAUGGUAGACAGCCCUGGGAAGUCGAACAAUCGGAUCGAGUGGUGCUUGCUAGUCUUUUCGAUGGGGACAGUGUCCCGGGAGCGUAUGGGGAUGGCGACUGGGUUCAGGUCGUUCAGGCAGUGGAUGAUUAA